AACCGGAAACAUAAAGACAAAAAAGGAUCAUCACAUUGUUAGAGGACUUUCCACUGAAAAGAUAGUCACUCGUUUUUGUAUAUAUAUCUUAGAAUUUAGAUUUGUUUUUGUUGAUUUUGAAUACAACUCAUAUAGAUAUAUAUAUCACUGUUGUCCCAAAUUGUUGUGUUAGCUUAGCUAGGCUUAAAGAACCCAUAACGAAUACUAGUCAGCCGCCCAACUGUGCGUAUACGCAACGUCAUUGCGUAUACUUAAUAUUUAAGAGAUAGUUGAAUAAGGAUAAACGAACAAAUGAUGAAAAAUCUCAACGGUAGGGCGCACAAUGCGUGCUACCAUCCCUACUACCAUCAGUCGCUGCACUUUGCACAGCAGCAACAUUUGCAACAUCAACAGCAGCAGCAACAUCACCAGCUGCAGCAGCAACAUCAACAGCUGCAGCAGCAACAGCAGCAUCAGCAGCAGCAGCCCCAGCAGCAAUUGUUACGUCAUCAGCAACGGCAACUGCCCACGCAGACUGUCUACCAGCAACAGCAACAACAGCAGCAACAUCAGGAGCAACAGCAACAGCAACUGAGGCAAUCGUUUGCCCACAAUGCUUUCCCACUGCGCAGCAGCAACAGCAACAAUUAUGGCCAUGUUGCUGGUAGCGCCUACGCCGGCAACAGCAAUAACAACAGCAGCAAUGCGGCUGCCAUGGCCGCCGUGUGCCAAAUGCAGAAUUUUUUUAGUCAGCAGCAACCACAGGAGUAUAAUUAUUAUCAACAACAGCAGCAACUGCAUCAGCAGCAGCAACCGCAACAACAACAGGCAAUAACAGCUACGACGACAGCAGCAACAUGCAAUGCCACAGCAGCAGCAGCAACGACAUCCUCGACAGCAGCAACAGCGACGACAGCAACAUCUACUCACAACGACAACAACAAUAGCGAUAAUUUUGCAAUGGACGCCAGUGAAAUCGCCACUUUUCUCGCCAACGAGCUUUUCCUACAGCAGCUCGGCAACUUUGAGACCGUUCAGAGUGUCCUAACGCUGACGACGCCCACGUUGACCCCAACGACGACGCGCAGCAUCGAGGAUUCCUUUUUCCAGAUAAUUUCGGACACGCAAAAUGAUCGUGGAGCUGGCUGUGCGGGCUUCGCCGUGCCCCUGGUGCUGCCCAAUGCUGCGAAUGGAGCAAGUGAAGCCAAUGGCAAUGGGAUCGCCACGAUUCCCAGCCAGCAGCAGCAGCAGCCAUACGAUGUGAGUCUGGUGCCAGGAACCGACUCCGAGGACUCCAAUGCUUCGUACAACGAUACGCAGAUGAACGAGGAGCAGGACACGACCGAUACUUCAAGUGCCCAUACGGACAGCACCUCGUACCAGAAUGGCCACAUAAUGGGCGCCAGUGGGCAGAACGGCGGCGUGAAUAGCUUCACCAAUGUCCUGGCCGCCGUGAAUCCGGCCAACCGAGGAGGAGCCUCAUCAACGAAUACCUCAAGCACUCCGGCGCGUCGUGGCGGCGGCCGGCGACCCAACAGAUCCGCCAACAUGACGCCGGAGGAGGAGCAGAAGCGAGCGGUUCGCCGGGAGCGGAACAAACAGGCGGCGGCGCGUUGCCGGAAGAGGCGGGUGGACCAGACCAACGAGCUCACCGAGGAGGUGGAGCAGCUGGAGAAGCGGGGCGAUGCGAUGCGCAAGGAGAUCGAGACGCUGACGAACAGCAAGAAUCAUCUGGAAUACCUGCUGGCCGCCCAUCGGCCCACCUGUCACAAGAUCCGCUCGGAUCUGCUCAGUGUGACCACCUGCAAUGGUCUGAUUGCUCCGGCGGGAUUGCUGAGUGCCGGCAGCAGCAGCGGCAGCGGCGGAUCGAGCAGCCAUCACAAUCACAACAGCAACGACAGCAGCAAUGGCACGAUCACGGGCAUGGAUGCCACCCUGAACUCCACCGGGCGGAGCAACUCUCCACUGGAUCUCAAGCCGGCGGCGAAUUUGGACAACCUGCUGCUGCACAUCAAGGAUGAGCCGCUGGACGGGGCAUUGGACUCGGGAUCGAGUCUGGGUCAGGAUGGUCCGCCACCGAGUAAGCGCUUCACCUUGCCGCCCAUGUCCACGAUGCCACAUGUCCAUAUGUCCACGCUGAUGACGCCCACCGGUGCGUCGUCGGGAUCUCUGCAAACGCCGAUCACGAGCACGGCGCCGGGAGGAUUUGGGAGUUCAUUCCCGGUGGUGACCACCAAUGGGGGGAGCACCAGCAGCAUGAACAGUCCCACGCUGAAUGCGCUGAACAAGAUGCCCAAGGAGCGGCCCAAUACGCUGGCCUUCCAGCGACCGCUGGGCCAGAAUAUGCACCUCAAUCUGGCCAACAAGGCGGGCGCAGGAGGAGGUGGACCCACGCAGAUCCAGGGAGUGCCCAUCCAGACGCCCUCGACGGGCACCUUCAACUUUGACUCGCUGAUGGACGGAGGCACUGGAUUGACCCCCGUUUCGGGACCCCUGGUGCCCAACAGCUCCUCCACGAACAAACAUCCCCUGGAGCUGCCCACGCCCACCGCCGAGCCAUCGAAGCUGGUCAGCUUAUAACCACAGGACCACAGGAUCUGGUGGGACAGGGAGGAGCGGAGGAUAGGAUAGGAGUCGAGUGGAGUUGAGUCAGGAUUAAGUUAAGUUUUAUAUAAUUGAAGCCGUAGCGAUUAUAUUUACACUUGCUAACAAAAAAAGAAAAAGUAGAAGGAAAAACCAAGAAAACAUCGAGAUGUUUUCAACCCUUUUUGUAAUUUCGUUAACUCUAAUGUUUUUUGUAUUAUUACCUUUAUCUUUAUUAUGGUUAAUUUAUAUGAUUUUGCUAUGUCUUUUUACAUACGACGAGCUACAUAUGUUAUGUACUUGUAUUUUGUGCAAUUUUCAAACCUUUUCAUUGCGUGUUAUAUAUUUUCAAAAAAUAUACAAAUGCGAACGAUCGAUGCCUGGUUAAUGAAUACGAAAAUGAAAAUAAUAGGGAUUAUUAGGGAGUGUAGAUUUGAAGGAUGCGUUGUGAUAUUUAUUAUAAAACGAAUACAAAAGAUACCAGAUAAAAGAUAACAGAUAAAAAACAAACAAAAGGAGCAGUAAACAAAAGCGUGUAAUGAAAGGAACUAAGCCGGUUUUAAAAUUGUACAUUUAAACAUUUAAACGAAUCGCGUAAAUAUGUAAUUACAAAUAUAUAUUCAGCAUACAAACUAAAUACAAUGCCUUGAGAGAGAAUUAAGAAAUGCAAAAACACUUUAUAUAAAUAUAUGUAUAUGUUUAAACCUAAACAAUAAUCGCGUUGAAGCAAGUUUUAUAUUGAGCAAAAGCAAAUGUGAAAUGAGAUAAAUAUACUUAUUGUACUCGGUAAGCUGCAGUAGAAAACCCAAAUAUAUUUUUACUAAACGCAACAAAUGCGCUAUUUUCAAAUACCAUUUAUAAGAAAUGACAAAAGCAAAGCAAUUAUUUAAUAUGUAAUUAUGUAUUAUGUAUACCCCAAAUGCGAUUUAACGAAAGCUGAUCAGGUAAAACGAAAAACCAAUAGUAACUCUCGCCAGUUUCCACAGUAAAUUCUCUGAAAUUCUCUAUUCAAAAUUAUCAAUUUAUCCAAAAACCAAACCGAUCGAUAGUAACCUAAAUGCACUUAUAAGGGCAGAAAAACACCAAAAUUGACAAAAAUGAAAUAAAAUAAAAUAAAA